GUUAGUUAGCUGGAAGUAUCUCCACUUUGGUACGGGGGUGGGGCACGACUCAAGCAGUCGACAUCGGCAGCUAGAUCUCACCGCAGAGACGGGGAAGUAAGCUGGUAUUUUUAGAGUAGGCAGACGAGGACUUCUGCUUUAAACACUCGCAAGCUAAAAGGGUUCCCCCGGCCCUUCCACCCGCUCCUCUUGUUUCCAGGGGGACGGUGAAGGUUAGGACGCGCAGCGGCCCGGCUGGUUGCUUCCUUGGGCCGCGGGAGGUGAGUGAGGGAAAAGCCGGUUUAUUUUGUAUUUAUAAUACUGCAUGAGACUGGAAUAAUGUGGACAAUACGAUCGAGUUCACACUGCUUAGCACAAGUGUUGAAAACAAAAGUGGCACAAGAGAGAGCUAUUUCACUGUGUCCUACCCAUGGAAACAUACACAAACUAUCUUCUAUCCAUGAAGUUUCAAAAUUAAGCACAAAGAAGCUUGUCAGUGUUACUUAUCCAUUAAAAAUCUUGGAACAGUACUUAAUGAAGAAUGUAAAUAAAAUGAACUUCCAGAUGUUUAAUCCAAGUUUUCAGGAUAUUGCUGCUGCAGAACAAUUCUUCAGGCCUUCAAGAAAGCACAGUAUAGAUUAUUUCACUUCUGCUGUUAGGAUUGAUCAUGCACCAGUGAUAUCUCAACCAGAGGUGUGUUUUAUAGGAAGAAGCAACGUUGGAAAGUCUUCAUUGAUAAAAUCCUUGUUUUCCUUGGUUCCUGGAAUUGAAGUUAGAGUUUCAAAAACUCCUGGACAUACAAGGAAAAUGAAUUUUUUUAAAGUGGGAAAAGCGUUUACUGUGGUGGAUAUGCCUGGUUAUGGGUACAAGGCACCAUCUGAUUUUGUGGAAAUGGUGGAGAUCUAUCUUCAAGCAAGACAGAACUUAAAGAGAACAUUUUUAUUGUUGGAUGGAUCAAUAGGAAUUCAACAAGCAGACCAAAUAGCAAUUGAAAUGUGUGAGGAGUUUGGAAUUCCAUAUGCUAUAGUAUUAACAAAGAUUGACAGACCUCAGCAGGGCAAUCUGUUGAAGGUGAUUAUGGACGUACGAGAAAUGAUAGAGAAGCAGACUUUGGGGUGUUUUCCUCAGCUGUUCCCUGUGAGAUUGAAGAUGUACUUGAACACUCCUGCCAGAUGGUUGCCACGCGUUUUCAGUGCCCUACCAGGUACACCAUCAGGACCUGAUGACUUGCAAGAGUUCGCCCUCUUGAAAAAUGUUAUGACGUUGGCUUCACGGAUUCGCACAGGUGUAGUUCUGGUCUCCCUUUCAAGGCUUACAUGGAAGAUGUUGAGCUCAUCUGGGAGUGAAGCAUCACAGCCAUUCAUGAUGUUAAGUUUCACCUUGUAGGAAGUGAUGGCCUGUAAAUUCUGCCAAAGCUGCCAUCCAUCCGAUUCUGUCUCUAAUUUCAAUUGGAAUUGUUUUCUCACUCUUAAAAUAGCUUUCCGUAGGUCAUACCUGGACUACUUGUAUAGUUCUGGAUCACAAGUCUUGAAUAACACAGAUCUAGCCCUCAGCAAACUACGAAUCUCUAGGUUCAUCCACGGCUUUUGGUUUGAGUAUGUCUAGUUAUAAUACAUAGGAGCAGAAUAAGGCCGUUUGGCCUGUCAAGACUGCUCUGCCAUUAAGUCACGGCUGAUCUUUUUUCCCCUCCUCACCCCACUCCCCAGCCUUCUCCCCAUAACCAUUGAUGCCAUGUCCAAUCAAGAAACAAUCAAGCUCUGCCUUAAAUAUAUCCAACAAUCUCGACUCCACAGCUGCCUGUGCUAAUAAAUUCCACAAAUUCACUACACUCUGGCUAAAGAAAUUUCUCUGCGUCUCUGUUUUAAAUGGAUGCCCUCUAUCCUGAGACUGUGCCCUCUUGUCCUACACUCACCCACCACUGGAAACAUCCUUUCCUCAUCUACUCUGUCUAGGCCUUUCAACAUUCAAAAGAUUUCAAUGAGAUCCACCCUCAUCCUUAUAAAUUCCAGUGAGUACUGACCCAGAGCCAUCAAAUGUUCCUCAUAUGAUAACCCCUUCAUUCCCAGUAAACCUCCUCUGAACCCUCUCCAAACACAAAACUGUUCACAAUACUCAAACCAGUACCUUAUAAAGCCUCAGCAUCACAUCCUUCCUCUUGUACUCUAGACCUCUUGAAGUGAAUGCUAAUGUUGCAUUUGCUUUCCUCACCACCAACACUACUUGCAAGUUAACCUUGAGGGAGUUCUGCACAAGGACUCCCUAGUCACUUUGCAUCUCAGAUUUUUGGAUUUUCUCCCCAUUUAGAAAAUAAUUUGCACCUUUAUUUCUACUACCAAAGUGUAUGAUCGUGCAUUUUCUAACAUUGUAUUUCAUUUGCCACCUUCUUGCCCAUUCUCCUAAUCUGUCUAAGUCCUCUGGCAGCCUACCUCUUUCCUCAAUACUACCUGCCCCUCCACCAAUCUUCGUAUCAUCUGCAAACUUGACAGCAAAGCCAUCUAUUCCAUCAUCUAAAUCAUUGAUUUUGAACAUAAAAAGCAGUAGUCUCAACACCAGCCUCUGCAGAACUCCACUAGUCACUGGCAGCCAACCAGAAAAGGAUCCUUUUAUUCCCACUCGCUGCCUCCUACCAAUCAGCUAAUGAUCUAACCGUGCCAGUAACUUUCCUAGAAUGCCAUGGCCUCUUAACUUGGUAAGCAGCCUCACUUUCUGAAAGUCUAAAUAUACAACAGCCACUGCAUGCCCUUUAUCCAUCCUACGUGUAAUCUCCUCAAAGAAUUCCAACAGGUUCAUCAGGCAAGAUUUUCCCUUCAGAAAACCAUGCUGACUUUGUCAUAUCUUGUCUUGUGUCACCAAGUACUGCAUAUGCUCAUCCUUAAUAAUUGACUCCAACUUCUUCUGCCUUGUAAUAGUAACUGCCUUCACUUCUCUUCCCUCACACCCUUCAACAUCUGGCUCACUGCUAGUGUCUUCCACAAUGAAGACUGAUGUAAAAUACUCAUGUAGUUCAUCUGCCAUCUCCUCGACCUCUGUUUUAUCUUUCCAGCCUCCUUUUCUAGCAGUCCUGUAUCCAAUCUCAUCUCUUUUAUUUUUUACAUACUUGAAAAAGCUUUUGUUAUCCAUUUUGAUAUUGUUUGCCAGCUUGCUUUCAUAUUUCAUAUUUUCUCUCCUAAUGAUUCUUCUAGUUGUUUUCUGUAGAGUUUUAAAAGCUUUCCAAUCCUCUUGUCUUCCCACUAAUUUUUGCUUUGUUGUAUGCCCUCUCCUUUGCUGUUACAUUAGCUUUGACUUUCUUUGUCAGCCAUGGUUUUACUAUUUUGCCAUUUGAGUAUUUCUUUGUUUUUGGAAUAUAUCUGCCCUGCACCUUCCUCAUUUUUCCUAGAAACGCACACCAUUGCUGCUCUGCUGAUAUCCCUGCCAGCAUCUCUUUCCAAUUUACUUUGGCCGACUCCCCUUUCAUACCACGGUAACUUUCUUUACUCCACUGAAAUACUGCUAUGUGAGACUUUACUUUCUCCGUAUCAGAUUUCAAGUUGAAUUCAAUCAUAUCGUGAUCACUGUCUCCUAAGGGUUCUUUUACCUUAAGCUCCCUAAUCACCUCUGGUUUAUUACAUAACCCUCAGUAUUGUCCAGUCGACCAACAUUGUUUGUUAUAAAUGGUCAGUUUGUUCUGUUCCCAGGUUUCACAGCCUGUUAAAAACACAGAGCGUGGAGGAGCUCAGCACCAGCUGCUGGGGGAGCUCGGCACCAGCUAUGGAAGGAAAUGGACAGUUGAUGUUUCGGAUUGCGACCCUUUGUCAGAACUGAUGAAGCUGAGCUUGAUAAAGGGUAAUAAUGCAAAACGUCGACUGUCCAUUUCCAUCCAGAAAUGCUGCCUGCACCACCAAGUUACUCUAGCUUUGCAUCUUGGUCCAGAUUUCCAACAUCAGCAGUUUCUAUUAUCUGCAUUUCAUUGCCUGUUCUCUACUGUACGUUCUAUCAGUUCGACAGGUUAAUGUUGCUGAUUGUAUUCCAGCAGAGUGCCCUCUUCCCUUCAACAUCAUUGUCUGUCUUUCCUCCCUUGUACUUGUUUAUGUUUGGUGCAUAUUGAGUGGAAUGACUCAGUAUGACCUUAACCACUGCUAUUAAUUAUGGUGCUUGGUGGGAAGCCAGUUGAGAGAGUGUGAUUAACCUUGGACAACUCAAACAUUUUCUCUAUUUGUCUUUUUAAGGGCAAGCCUGAAGCAUUCAGUCCCUACUUUUGCCAGUGUCCAUACUGCUUUCUCCCCUCGUUAGUUUUUGCAGCAAUGCCAGCCAUAUGAAAUGAUCUCAUUGGUAUAUUAUACAUUGAACACUUGUUAUCACAAGAACAAGCUAUUGUCAACACAUUUCUAUUCCAAAAUGUGUUUUAAAAAAGACAUGAGAAAUAUUUCUAUUCAGUAAGUGGAAACUGAAUCACUUUGGACACCAAAGUCAACACAUUAUAUUCUAUUUUGCAGGAAAGAGAUUUAAUUCAAACACGAUGCUGUCUUCAGUAAUUUUGAAACUCUUCCUGCCAAUAAUGGAAUAUCUGCUUCUAAUAGGCUAAAGCCUUUUUAACUUGAUGAACAUACAGUUAUAACAUACGUCAGAGUUUAACCCUAGAUAAGAGGGGCUGAGUAAUAACAAUUUCUUGUUGCAUUCGCUCCAAUUUCUCCAUUCUUCUUCCAUAGGCAAUUAUAUAAUCAGUGAUUGGUCCUUCAGAUUCUGUCUUAAGACUGAAUGGUUGUAAAGUACAGAUAUCUCUUAUGUUCAAAGUUUAUGAAAUGUUACCAUUUAGAAGAAAAUAAUAUUGGCAUGUUAAUUAU